ACCAAAUCCCGAUAGGCAAGGCAAGGCCAAGGCCGCUUCUUCCUCGCUUUCGCACUGGUUUCUUUAUUUUUAUUUUCUCCAGCAAUUUGUUCUUCAGGGCCUUCGCCUUUUUGAUCUGAUUUGAUUUGAUGAGAUCAGCUUCAGCCUACCCAUGUGAUGGUUUCUAAUUUAUCUUUCUUCCCCAGUUUGCCUAUCAUCUCUCUUAAAGGGUCUCAUCCAGAUAACAGGUUAAACACUGCAAUUCGAUUGGAAGAAUUUCGUAUUUAGAUUUCAUUUCCCGCUGUACAAGCGAGAAAAACAAGGAUAACAAGUGCAGGGUAUUCCUUAAUUUCAUCUUCGAAGGUUCCAAUCUCGUUGCGAUCUGGCUAAUUUGAGGUUUCGUGCACUGGUCUGAGUUGUCUCUUGCGAAUUCAAUCAUUUCCAAAGGUUUUAUUUCACUCUGGCCGCUGCAAUAAAAUCAAAAUCUCCCACCUCUUUCUGGGUGUGGGGUGACGAAGAAGGACUGGUUUUACUUGGUUGUUUAAGGAGAUCAAGAUUAUCGCUCAUCUGGAGAUUGUGCCGUGUUUCAGAGGGGUUAUCCCUGGAUUACGGCUAAUAUCUUCCUAGAAUAAGAAGAAAAAAAACAUUAUCAUAAUGUAAGAAAUUUACUUAGAUUAGAGAAGGAAAAAAGAAAAAGAAAAAAAAAGAAAAAAAGUGUUUAGUUUGUUUAAAAAAUUUGUAAAGUUGGCAACAUCUUGAGUCAGAUUGAUCAAAAUGGUGAGGUUUUCAUGUUUCAACACCAAUAUGCAUUCUGAAAAACCAAAGAAAUCAGCCUUUCUCUCCAUGGAAUCUAAUCAUAACGAAAGCCAGGCUAUGAAGGAUUUCAUUGACAUCUCGAGCAGAAAGUUAUCGCAUUUGAAGAUUCAAGGACAUACAGAGGGAAGCACUAGUAAUGUCAUUAGUCCCAUAUCUGCUUAUUCUGCAGAUGACGGUUGUAACUUCAGUGAGGCUGAAAAAGAGGCACGAAAGAUUAAGAAGAGUAUGUCUUUAGGAAGUGGUCUUGAUCGAGAGGGACAAACUUCCACUUUUAAUGAAUCCAAUGUCUUUGAUGAUGAUGAAGAAGAAGAAGGAGAAGAAGUAGCACCUUCUCAUUCUCCUCAAGGAAGUUCUCAGGUGGUGAACCAUGAAUCAAUAUUCUCGUUUGGAGAUUUACAACAGCAUAAAGACACGGUUUUCACAAUCGAAGAUCCAAAUGAGCAGUCGGAGAAAGAAGGCCGUGAAAAUUCUGAUACACAUGUUUCUGGUGAGGGUAAGAGCCACGCUCAUGUUAUGGUAAAAUCUCGUUCUUUGCCCAAUAUUAGCUUAAAUGAUGGCCGGAGGAUGUAUAACUGUGAUCACUCUCGGUCUGCGGAGGAUCUUACUGUUCUAGACUUGAGGCGGAAGGAUAUUGUAGCCCAUGAGGUUGAACUUGCAGGACAUGAACAAGGAAGGGAUCAUAACAAUGAAGAAUUUGGUGAAGACGGUUAUGAUUCAUAUAACUAUGCUGGAGAUGCAAAAGAUUGGGUUGUUCCAAUUAUGGAAGAAGAAGAGGUUUUCUUGGAAGAAAAUGAAGAAACCUCUGCUCAUCAAUGGGAGGAAUCGCCCGGGAAGGAAUUCAAGACCAAACGUAUUGAAGAUUGGGUUAGUCGUCUAUCGAGUUGUGGCAAUUUGGUGGAGGCCGAAGAUGAUGAUGAUCAUUUGUCUAAUGUAGUAGAUGAAAGUCAGAUGAGUAAAGACGUCGCUACCCCUGCAGAUAAUUUGACUGUCAUGAAAUUAGAGAGCACGACUGACCCCGGUAUGGAAGCUGCAAAAAGAUACAUCUCUUCUUUGAGACCAAAUACCUCUGCUGCUCAACUGGCGAAUCUCGGAUUGGUUAUGAUGCCAUUUCUUAGUGCGUUUUGUAGUCUAAGGGCGGUCAACUUAUCGGGGAAUGCCAUAGUGAGGAUAACUGCUGGUUCUCUUCCUCGAGGUCUCCAUUUUCUGAACUUGUCAAAGAACAAUAUAUCUGGUAUUGAAGGUUUACGCGAACUAACCCGGUUACGAGUUCUUGACUUGAGCUACAACCGUGUAUUCCGAAUUGGACAUGGCUUGGCUUCAUGUGGCUCAUUGAAAGAGUUAUAUCUUGCUGGCAACAAAAUAAGCGAGAUUGAAGGUCUUCAUCGUCUACUAAAGCUAAAUGUCCUCGACAUACGUUUCAACAAAAUAUCGACAGCCAAAUCCCUGGGUCAGCUUGCAGCUAACUACAAUUCAUUACAAGCCAUUAGUCUUGAAGGAAACCCAGCCCAAAAGAACAUAGGAGAUGAGCAACUUAAGAAAUAUCUCCAAGGACUUCUUCCCCAUUUGGCUUAUUACAACAGGCAAUCCAUUAAAGACCGAAGUUCAAAGGACAAGUCAGACAGAUCAACUCGCUUAGCCAUAUCUUCUGAUCGUGGGCAUAGAACAGAUCAUCAUCACAAGAGCUUGAGAAAGGGAGCCCAUUCUUCUUCUACACAUAGGGCACCUUCAUCAAAUCACGGUGGGCAUAGAAGUCAGGCGGCUGUGUCUCCUAAAGUCUCGAAGAACAGGCAUUUGCGAUUACCCCCAGCACCAGCCGGGACAAAAACUAUCCAACAUCAACAGUUUCCAUAUCAUGAUAUUGGGAGUAAGAUUCUGAGUUUAAGGUCUGAUCUUUCAAUGAAGCGGAGCAUGAGCGAAGGAACCCUUGCUCCACAUUGAGCUUGAAAUAUUCAAAUUGAUCAACAGAUCGAGUAGCUGAAACCACCUCAAUGUUCGUUUCCAUCUUUUCUUUCCUUUGAUUGUUUGACCUUUUUCUUUGUGUGAAUCAAUUUGAUUGUGGUGUGCAACUUUUAGUACUAUAUGCUUUGUUUGCUACAUGAAUUUUAGUACAUUGGUUUUUUGCAUUA